AUGGCCAGAGCGCCCGAGGAUCAGGGAGCCAACAUGACCGUGAACGAGGAAAUAACCGCGGCGGCCAGCGAGGCCGCGGACGCGGAGGUGGUGGAAGAGGCGGUGGAGCAUCGCCCGGAUAGCACGCCGACCAUGGAAGCUCUACCGGUGCCCGUGGAGCUCCGCCGAGAAGAAAGGACAUCUACAAAUACGCGAGGGAAUGCCGAGAAGCAGAGAAGCAGCGCAUCAAUGACCAAUGCAGCUUUUGCGGCUAUGGUCCACACAAUCCCAAGCACUGCUUCUACCUCCAGGAAGUACCAGACUGCAACUGGGUGCUCAGCUCGGCCCACCCUUCAGCUCAACAUAUUCGUCCCAUGCGUGCGCCGACGCAAGGAGAUUUUGUAA